GUUUUCAGCGUCGCUCUUUUCACAUUCUCUAUCUUUUUGGCACUCCAAGUGUUUGAUGAAUUGCCUAAGCGGUGGUGAAGUAGCUGUGGUCUGAGCUUAUUAAUUAUCUGGAGGAUUAUAUGGCUUUACCUUUCAUAGCUGAAUUGGCGGCGUCGGCGAUCAUCGAGGAUUAUGGCUUGACCUGCAAGUCUUCUUGACGAAACACUUCCAUUUCAUUUCCUCCCCUCUUCGGAGAAGCAUUCAAGAAAUUACUCCUCCCCAGUUUUUCCUUUUUGGAUCGAGUUUCAUCAAUUGGCCGCCUGAGUGGUGGUAAAGUCGAUCAUGGCUUUACCUUUCAUAGCCGAAUCCGCGGCGUCGGCGAUCAUCGGCAAUCUUGUCAGCACAUGCUUUUCCUACCUUGAGGUGUACCCGGCGCCCUUCCGCGGAGGCAUGCAGGACGAGCUCGAACGGCUACAGCACGCCCUUCCGCAGGUCCUGGCAGUCUUGACUGCGGUCGAGGGCGGUGCGCCGGACAUGGUGGAGAACAAGGCGCUGGAUGCGUGGCUGUGGCAGUUUAGAGACGCCGUGGAGAACGCGGAGGACGUGCUCGACGAGUUGGAGUACUACUCCAAGCUAAAGAAGACUGUAGAGGAGGCUCGAGAUGGCGAGGUGCGUGGUCUUCUAUCUAACUUGAAGAGAAAGUUUAAUAGUGUCUUUAAUUUCUUUAGCAAUGACACACUGAAGCGGUCGAGGGAGGCCGUCAAGGGGUUGGAUAGGGCCGUUGCCGAUAUGGGGCCAUUCCUUCAACUUGUUAAUGGGUUUUAUGGCCCUAGUGUCAAGCGUCAGAAGCUCGAAGAUAUCAUGAAAGCUCGAGAGACAAGCUCCACGGUAAUCAAAAGUGAGGUGCUCGGACGAGACAAGGAGAGGGACCGAAUAGUUGAAUGGCUGAUCAAACCGGGAGAUGGCGAUGUUGAUGUCUCCGCUUAUACAAUUGUUGGUAUCGGUGGGCUCGGGAAGACCACUCUUGCUAAACUAGUCUAUAGCGAUGAAAGAGUGCGAGAGCACUUCGACUCGAUUAUGUGGGUCUGCGUUUCUCUGGACUUUGAUGCAGCUGCGAUAAUAAGAAAGAUAUUAAACUACUCUCACUCAACUAGUCUAGAGGCUCUCCAUGAGGAUCUUAAACAAAAAGUUACAUCAAAAAGGUUUUUGCUCAUACUGGAUGAUGUUUGGAACGAUGAUAAAACGAUGGAGUGGGAGCAAUUGGUUGAACCUUUGAAAUUCGGACAGAGAGGAAGCAAGAUCCUGUUGACAACUCGGAUGGAUUCAGUUGCGGAUAUGGCGGCAAAAGCGAUGAAAUGCAAACGGGAAUCAUUAAAUCUAAAUGAGUUGGAGGAGAGCGACUGUAUGUCGCUUUUCAAUAAUUAUGCAUUCCUCGGUGUGAACCCUGAUGAUUAUAGAAACCUGCAGCUAAUCGGUGAGCAGAUAGUGAAGAAACUUGGAGGAAGCCCAUUGGCCAUAGAAGUCAUAGGAGGAAUGCUGAACUACUGCAUGGAGUAUGAAUAUUGGAAGAAAAUCCUGGAAGAAGACAAGAUGAAAUUACAAGAAGGAAAAGACAACAUCAUGGCAGUUUUAAGAUUAAGCUACGAUCACUUACCCACAGACUUACAACUCUGCUUUAGAUAUUGCAGUUUAUUUCCGCAGGAUUAUACGUUUAAGAGAAAAAAGUUGGUCAAUAUGUGGAUAGGUUCGGGUCUGAUUCCGAAAUCUAUUUGUGGCGGGCAAAGGCCAGAGGAUAAGGGAAAGGAGUAUUUAAAUCUUCUGACAAGAAAAUCAUUCUUUACUUGCACAACCUAUAAUAAUGGGUCGAAAAUUACUAAACAAUAUUUUAUGCACGAUCUACUGCAUGACCUAGCACAAUCAGUUUCUCGAGGAGAAUGCAUCAGAAUAGGAAGGGAUGAUGCAAGAAUUACUAUUCCACUGACUGUUCGACAUUUAUCUGUUGAAAAACUCAAUGUUCCUUCCAUUAGAGAGAUCUCCGUUCUUAAGAACGUGCGCACUCUAAUUGCUUCUGUUAAAGAGGAUAAUAUACCUGAAUUUAUCGAGGUUAUAAAAGGGUUUGAAAAGUUACGCCUAUUGAGCUUAUGCAACAAUUUUGAUUUUAGUAAAUCACCUGGUGCAUUUGAUAGCUUGAUACACCUCCGCUACCUAUCACUUCCACAACAGAUCGUUGAGAACAGAAGUAUUGGAUAUGAUGGCUUGACCAACUUGGUCAAUUUGCGUUCAUUUGAUGUUUCCAAUCAUGUGAUAAGAAAUAUUCCUUAUAUUAGCAAAUUACCCUUCAUCCACAAAUUACAGGAGUUUAUUGUCCGAGAGGAGAAUGGUUACAAAAUCAGUGAACUGAAGAACCUCAAGGACCUUCGUCACCUGCGUAUUGAUGAACUUGAAAAUGUGAGGAGUUCUGAAGAAGCCAUUGAGGCCAAUUUAAAUGGGAAAGAAUGUCUCAAAUCAUUGUCGUUGGACUGGUCUGUAGAUCGCUCUAAUUGCACAGAGGCGGAUGAGCAGCUCCUCGAUAACCUCUGCCCUCAUAUCAAUCUCAAUAAACUGUGCAUUGCACGAUACCAAGGUGCUAAAUCUCCAUGUUGGAUGACAGGUCUGUCGCUCAUCAAUUUGACAUCUAUCGAACUGAGGUUCUGUCAACAAUGGGAGCACCUCCCCCCUCUCGGGCAGUAUUCUUCGCUCCAAUCUCUAUGCUUGAUGGGACUGUAUGCAAUAAAGCAAAUAGAUUGUUCAUUCUUCGGAAGCAACAGCAGAUGUGCCUUUCCAUCAUUGAAGAAGUUACAGUUAUGGUACAUGCGUAACUUGGAGGAGUGGAUUGGAAUUGAUGAUAAGUGCAUGUUUCCUCAACUUCAUUCUAUGAGUAUUAUUGACUGCCCUAAUUUGAGGGAAAUUCCUACUCUGCCUUAUAGUCUAAGACAAUUGCUUAUUUCAAAGGUCGGAUUGACUGCUCUUCCAACAAUAAAUCAGGAUUACGCAAACAACAAUCAGCAAGAACAUUUUCAGGCUCUUGAAAGUUUAGUCAUCGGAGAAUGUGAGAAGCUCGAAUAUUUUCCAACAGAUUUUUUUGGGAAAUUCAAUGCCAUAAUAUCCCUGUGCAUAGGAGAUUGCCCGAAGUUGACAAAACGUGGGAUCUCGGACAUCCAAGUGCCCUCUGUACUCGGUGUUCUCAGUAUUGGGUCAUGUGGCGAGCUUGAGGCGCCACUGCUGUGGUCAGCGAAUUUAACCUCUCUUACUCGGUUGGAAUUAGUCGAUUGUGCAAGGAUAGUAUCCCUUCCCCCAGCACAAGUGUGUGCACAAUGGACGAUGCUUUACCUCUUAUCCAUACACAACUGCAAAGAACUGUCAUCAUUUGGUGGGAUACAAGCUCUCGUAUCCCUCCGUUCUUUAGCAAUUAGCGGGUGCGACAAGCUAAUUGAAGUUGCCCUGCUGCAGCAACCUCCGUUCCCAAACGAUCUCGGCCAAAAAAAGAAUGCAGUGGACUGCCUUUUGAAGCUUGAUUAUCUAUCAAUUGACCACCACGCUCUCCUGCUCUUGGAGCCAUUGAGAAGUCUCUCCUCCAUCAGCAAUUUGACUAUCUCUGAUGCUUCGCGACUCACCUCCUUACCUGAGGGAUGGCUACAAAAUCACACCACCCUCAAAGAGUUACACAUAUGGAAUGCACGCUCCCUUCUGUCCCUACCCCUCAGCAUGAAAAAACUGUGCUCCCUCGACGUUUUGGUUGUGGAAGAUGCUAAUCUCAUCCAGUCACUUCCAGAUCUGCCUACUUCACUGUAUUCUCUAAAGAUCACCGGGUGUCACCCCGUGUUGAAGGAGCAAUGCCAAGAGAAUAUAGGCCCCGAUUGGCCCAAGAUUGCCCACAUCCCUGAUGUGAGGAUUGAAUAGCAUUUGCGGAGGACUACUACUUGGCCUUUCUGGACAAUGCAGGAGCAGCCAGGUUGUAUCAAUUUGGGAGUAAAUUUAGUAGAUGCUCUGUCAAUAAGGCUCGGCUGACUCGUUGUAAAAGGAAUAUGAGAG